AUGGCUUCUGUCCCUGGCCGUGGAGACAGCAUUUCUACAUCAGGGACUGUGGCCUUCACAGCCAAGCUGAACAUUGACGACAGCUACCCCUGUCACGCUGGAGUCCUGAAGUUCGCCACUGUGCUGCUCAACGAGGGAGGAGGCUACAGACCUGAUACAGGCAUCUUCACCUGCCCUGUUGAUGGCUUCUAUCACUUCACCGUGCAUUUGUCUGUGUAUGGGCGCGGACAGUGUGCUAUAUACAAGAAUGGAGAGAAAGUAGUGUCUCUGUAUCACACCUCCCUGCCUGAUAAAUGUAGCCAAGUGGCCAGUACAAGCAGUGUGGUCAGACUGUCUAAAACAGAUGAAGUCUGGGUGAAUAUCUGGGGGCCCGGCAGGAAUGAUAUCUUUGCAAGUGAAGAUAAUGACACUGUCUUUUUGGGGGUUCGUUUGGGGUAA